CCAAGUGGGAUGAUGGUGGCUCGUUGAAGCGACGCAGGGACGACGAGCGCAGAGAGAUAAACCCACUCUGAGAUCACCAGGGUAGGGGAUAAAGAUAGUGUAACCCGCCGUCCUGCUUUCACCGAGCACUGUUUAUAUAUUUCAUCACAUCAAAAGAGAGGGAGGCCAGCCCAGGAUGAACGGCGACUCAGGUGCCGGCGUGGUGACGGCCCCCCCUCCCACCACAGCCCCCCACAAGGAGCGAUACUUCGACCGGGUGGAUGAGAGCAGCCCGGAGUACCAGAGGGAGAGAAACAUGGCUCCCGACCUGCGGCAGGACUUCAACAUGAUGGAGCAGAGGAAGAGGGUCUCCAUGAUACUCCAGAGCCCGGCCUUCUGCGAUGAGCUGGAGACAAUGAUCCAGGAUCAGCUGAAGAAGGGAAAGACGCCCACUAGCCUUCUGGCUCUGCAGCAGAUCGCUGACUUCAUGACCACCAGCAUGCCUUCCAUGUAUCCCGCUGCACCGCAGGGAGGCAUGGCGGCUCUCAAUAUGAGUUUGGGUAUGGUGACUCCUGUGAAUGAUCUGCGUGGCUCAGACUCUAUUUCCUAUGACAAGGGCGAGAAGCUGCUCCGCUGCAAGCUGGCUGCCUUUUAUCGGCUCGCUGACUUGUUCGGCUGGUCCCAGCUCAUCUACAACCACCUCACAGUCAGGGUGAACUCGGACGAGGAGCGCUUCCUAAUUGUCCCUUUUGGGCUCCUGUACAGUGAAGUCACCGCGUCCAGUCUGGCAAAGGUAAACUUUCAAGGGGAGAUAGUUGACCGGGGAAGCACCAACCUCGGGGUCAACAAAGCCGGCUUCACUCUCCACUCUGCCAUCUACGCUGCACGGCCCGAUGUCAAGUGUAUCAUACACAUACACACACCCGCGGGUGCUGCGGUGUCAGCCAUGAAAUGCGGCCUGUUGCCCAUCUCACCUGAGGCACUGUCCCUGGGCGAGGUGGGCUAUCAUGACUACCAGGGCAUACUGGUGGAUGAUGAAGAAAUUGAUAUCAUACAGAGGAACAUUGGGCCUAACCGCAAGGUGCUCAUCCUGAGGAACCAUGGCUUGGUGUGUGUAGGCGAAACAGUGGAGGAAGCUUUCUAUUACAUCCACAAUCUGGUCACUGCUUGUGAGAUCCAGGUGCGAACACUGGCCAGCGCUGGAGGGCCAGAUAAUCUGGUGUUGCUGGACCCAACGAAAUACAAGUCACGCCCACGGGUCCCAGAGCCAGCUGGCGACGGCUCUUCUGCACACCCCAAGUGGCUGGUCGGGGAGCAGGAGUUUGAGGCUCUCAUGAGAAUGCUCGACAACUUGGGCUACAGGACGGGCUACCCUUACCGCUGCCCGGCAUUGCAAAACAAAGCUAAAAAGUACAGUGACGUGGAGAUCGCUCCCUCCGCCCACAGUGGUUACUCAUACGGGGAGGACAGUGACUCAGGUGCUCGCUCCCCGCUGAAACAGAGCUUCCAGCGCGGCCAGCGCGACAAGACCCGCUGGCUCAAUGCCGGCGGCCGGCCCGACGAGGCCCACGAGGACGGGCUUGACGGCAGCAGCCCCAAGUCGAAGCCUAAGGUGUGGACGAACAUAACACACGAUCACGUGAAACCCUUGCUGCAGUCUCUCUCGUCUGGUGUCUGCGUGCCAAGCUGUAUAACCAACUGCUUGUGGACAAAGGAAGACAGUCUCCGCCAGGCUGCCGUAGCCAAUCAGUUCAUCCCAUUGAACACCAACCCAAAAGAUGUCCUGGAAAUGAGGAAUAAGAUCAGAGAGCAGAACCUGCAGGACAUAAAGACAGCAGGGCCUCAGUCGCAGGUUCUGUGUGCCGGCACCGGGAUGGAACGCACCUUCAACCAGAGAUUGUCAAUCUGGCAGGACGCCCCUCUAUCUGACUGUACAGACACUAUUGAUGGCCUCGAUGUGUCCGAGGGGUCCUAUAGUCCUGCUAAAUCAAUUAGAAAGGGGGAGCUGGUGACUGCAUCCAAGGCCAUCAUCGAAAAGGAGUAUCAGCCCAAGGUUAUCGUGAGCAAGCAGGGUCCCAACCCCUUCACCAAACAAACCGACCAGGAGCUGGAGGAAUACCGCAAGGAGGUGGAGCAGAAACAGAAAGGGCCUGAAGUGCAUGCAGGAGACGAUAGUAAGGGGGGAUCAACCUCCAGCGUACCCUGUCGUGAGCCUGAAACUCUACAGAGGAGUCAAGCUUCUGCCUCCACACCUCCGCCGUCUGCGACUGACUCACCCAGCGUAGAGAGAGCUCCACCUCCAACCGCCACACCUUCUUCCCUCGUCCUCUCCAGCGGGGCCGAGCCGGCUCAGGGUGGCGCAGACUCUGCAGAUGAUGUUUUUUCGACCGCAGAAGAUUUUUUUUCGGCUCCAGAUUCCCCACAAAAGGAGUUCCACUGUGCCGUGCUGCGAGCCCUCAGCAAGGAGCCGUCAGUGAUAGAGGCCGAUCAGGCUCCAGACCUGGAGCAGCUUGUAGUGCCUGAGGAGGAAGAGCCCCAAAGCCAGAAACCCACCACCACACCCCCCAGCACCCCGGUCCGAGCAGAGGAAGAGUCCUUGCCGGAGCAAACCUAUAAGGAUGAGAGCGACGCCGCCACCCUGAGACAGACCCUUCCAGAUUUAACACCUGAUGACCCCUCCGACGCCCCGGCACUUCCUGCCGAAGACUCCGACCCUGCCCCUGCCCCUGCCACCGCAGACGCAGCUGAGGGAGAGGAACCCGCUGAUGCUGGCGACCAGGAGGGAGAAGAGUCUCCCAGCAAAUCCCCCUCCAAAAAGAAAAAGAAGUUCCGCACUCCUUCCUUCCUGAAGAAAAACAAAAAAAAGACAGAGUCCUAGAGAGGAGCAUGUUGGAUCGGUCCUCAAGGCCUCUGUCUCUUUUCAUUUUUGCUUUUUGUCUGCUUUCAUUGCACCCUUCGAGCAAGCCACAGUAACAGUUAUGCUUUUUUUGUUGUUUUGAUAUCAUUUGUCGCUGGCUUAUUAACCUAUUUUUCCUCGUUAGUGUGUGCCAAUUUUGUAUACAGUGUAAAAAUGAUUGAUUGCAUAAAGGUUUUUAAUUAUUAGAGGCUUUUUCUUUAGUUGUGAGUGAGUGAUGCAUUCGGUCUUGUCCAAUCCAUCUGGCCUUUUGAUGCAUGUCUAUUACUACAGGCCCACACACUUAAUGUGAGGUUUUAGGGUUUUAUCGCCCUCAUUUAAAAAGUUUAGUAUUACUAAACUGUUGUAACCACUAGAAUGUAUUGGGAUUGUAUCAAAAAAUAUGUCAAAAGUGUCUUUAAAAAAACGCUGAAUGCAGAAAGAGGAGUUCGUACUCCUGUGUACUGGUGGUAAAUUUGAGAACUACAAAUUGCAUAGCGCUAAUUUGACCUCUGAAGCUGUGCACACAUGUAAUUACAUGUUGGUAGGCCAGGGGAAUUGCAGCUGGGUUGUUAAGUUGAUUAUUUAUGUGAAAUUCAGUCAUACAAAGUCCAUAAUAUGUCUCCAUAAUCCAAAUGGUUUAUUCAUUCAUCCACAAGCUAAAUCACAUCUGGGUGUCUGACUUCUUUUUGUUUUGUUUACUAAAAACCUUCUACCCUCAAGCAUUUAACGCAGCCUUAGCUUACAGGUAUGUCUUUUUAUAUGAUGUGGAAGAUAAUAUUUCUCAAAACUAGAUUAAUCUGCGGUGCUGCAAACCUGCAUAUGAUGAUGUUUCAACCUGGUGAUGUUGGAUCACAAGUGUGAGUCAUCCCGGGAAGCAUCGGCAAGCGUUGCUGAUUAUUCCAAGGGUUGAUGUAUUUGCUUUUUGUCUUUAGUAUAAAGGAAUGUGUAAAAAAAACAAACAAAUUCUCAAUUUUAUGUUUUUCAUUUAUUCUAAUUAUAUGAGCGUGGCUUUGUUUUGCAUUUGUCCCCAAAAACUGGCAGAAAAGCGACAUAUUGUGUGAGAUUUCAGUUUGUUUUCCAUUAUGUAAUUAUUUUUAAGUAGAUCGAGCCAUGAUUGCUUGCUGUAAGAGUACUGUGAACCUCCUCUUUUGUAAACCACUGUCUGGGAGCUCGUACCUCUCGUCUAUCAUAAACGUACAUACAGUUGUUACGGAACAUGUAAAUGGCGAGUAUAAAGCUGCAUGAUCAAUCAUAUGUCAGAAACCCUCAACCUGGACUUUCCUGUGUAAAACGCCACUCUGAGCAGAUAGACUUUGUCAUUGAAUGCCUGUUUCCAGCUGCAGUAAAGACACAAUGUACACUGGAGAAGCAUUUUCUUUUUAUGUCACUGAUGUGUAAUUAAUGAUGCGAUUGCUAAUGAGCUGUGUUUUAAGGUUUGCAGGGCAUUAAUACUAAGGCCAUCUCCAUGCAUUGCGUCCUAACUUGUUUAUUCAUCCUGUUUUAGUGAAGGUAACUCAUGGUGACAGGAUGCUUCACUUAAUCUGAGACGCUAAAUAAACCUUUAUUCAGGGCAGUUGGUGCAUCAUUGCAAGCCGAGUGUCUAACUCAUGAAGGAGUGCAUGUGUAGAGUGCUUAGCGUGUGUACUGUCCUUUAAAUGGCUAACCACCCCUUUUUAUUUGAAUUGUUUUUACUUUUAGCUUUAGUGUGCUGAUAACGAUACUAAAGUCCUUGUCAUGGUUUUCAUUUAAGUCCAUUUUUAUAUCUCACAGCUAUGCAGAUUUGUUUUCUGUCUGAGCUAAUUUAAAUGUGUUAUAAUACCAUCUGCAGCCAUAAUAUUUGCACCUGUUUUUCUCAUGGCUCUGGCUAUUGUACAACCAUGCAUUAAAAAAAAAAAAAACACUAUCAUGAAAAUCA